AUGAAGCGAAUGAAUCCACGCUGGAAGUCGCCCCCCAUGUGGCCGUCGGGAGUGGGGAGCAGGCAGCCCUGCCCGCGGGAGUCGGCGCUGCGCAGGGCGGCCAUCAGUGGCAACAUCCUCGCUCUGCCUCCGCAUCAUGUCCCCACCGGCCGCAGCGUCCGGGUCUACAUCUGUGCCAACCCCGACGACACAGAAGCGGAGAGGAACGCACUGAAAGAGCACGUCUACCCCAAACUGCGAGACUUUUGCAGGGAGAACUAUGGGAUUGAAUUCCAGGUGGUGGAUCUGUACUGGGGCGUAGAUCCAGAAGAGUGGGACAGUCCAGACCUGCAACGACUCAGAAUGAAGCUCCUGGAGGAAUGUCUGAAGACGUCCGCUGGACCGUGUUUUGUUGGUCUGGUGGGAGAAAAGUACGGCAGUAUUCGAGUGCCAGGGGAGGUGGAAUCAGCGGAGUUUGAGAUGAUCUUAGAUGCUGCUGUGGAAGCGGGGCUGGACACACACAUCUUGGAGGAGUGGUACUGCAGGGAUGAAAACUCUGUGCCACCCGCAUACUACCUCAAACCCAAAGCCCAAAUGCUUAAGAACUACCAGAACUCUAUGGAGUCGAGCAGCGUGGCCAAGAGCAAGAACGACAAGGCCUGGAGGAACGUGUCGGAGGAGAUCAAGAGGAUCUUCCGAACGGCAGUGCUGCAGCUUCAAGAGAAAGGGACCAUGAAGAGCGCUCAGGCCAAGAAAUUCCUUUGCUCUGCCUUGGAGGAUGAAUUAGACUUCGCCCUUGGGAAGCAAACUCCUGCCUUUCUCAGGAAAUGUGUUUGCUACAUUCGCAAGAUCUCCAACUUUGACCGUUUCGCCAAACUCCCUGACAUGGGCCGGUACAUGGACAUCGUGGUUAGUGCCGACCGCGUCAUGCGCAACCAGGAAUCCUAUGAACGCCUUCUGAAGGUACGGGACGAGUUCAUCCCCACAGUCGUGGCUUCCUCCAACCUCCGCGUCUACUCUUCGGUCACUCACUGCGACAUGAAGUUAGGCUACUCCCAGGAAGUGGAGAGCCACUAUGUGGAAGGUCUGUGUAAACAGUUCUACGAGGACAUGGUGGAUAUCAUCCAAGCCACGGUCCAGCAGAAUUUUGACACAGAGACUGACCCACUAUACGAUGAGAUCCUGCAGCACCUGUCCCUCUGUAAAAGCUACGCGGAGCUCUUCGAGUACAAGAGCGAGUCGCUGGAUUAUGUGCAGGAGUAUAUUCUGCCGUCCAAGGGGAGCAGAAUGAGCCCUCUGGUGGUGUACGGGGGACCCUGCACUGGAAAGACACUGCUGCUAUCUGAAGUUGCCAAACAGGCCUACACAUGGCUGCAAAAAGAGAUUGGACCUGAAGCAGACCCAGUGGUCAUUGUCCGUUUUAUUGGCUCCAGCCAGCCCUCCACAGACCUACGCACCCUCCUCCAGAGCAUCUGUGAACAGAUUGCAAUAAACUACCGCUGCCUGAUUCACUUUUUGCCUAACAAGAUCCAGGAGAUGAGGGAGCUCCUGAUCAACCUUCUAGGGGAAUCAUCAUUCCACAGGCCCUUGGUCAUCGUCCUGGAUGCUCUGGAGCAGCUCUCAGAAGCUGAUGAAGCACGCAAGCUGUGGUGGCUCCCGAUACACCUGCCUCGGACAGUCCGCAUUGUAGUCUCAACAUUGCCCAAUAAACACGGCAUCCUGCAGAAGCUCCGACACACCAUCCAUGAUGAAGGGUAUUAUGUUGAAUUAAUCCAGAGAGACCGCAAGGUCUGCAGCCAAACAUUAAAGCAGCAGUUGCUGGGUGUGAAGAGAAAGGUCACUUCAGGCCAACAGAUCUAUGUCAAUGAAGCACUUGCCAAGUGUACAUUGCCAAUGUUUGUCAACCUCAUCUACAGAGAGGUAGUUCACUGGAGGUCUCACAAAGAUGUUGACGACAAGUCCUUGUGCUCCACAGUACAUGAAAGCAUAGAACAGUUAUUCUACUCAGUAGAGAAUAAGUUGGGCCAACGAUUUGUCGUCAGAGCAUUAGGGUAUAUCACCAUGGCCAAGGCAGGGUUAACUGAGGUUGAGUUGGAGGAUAUUCUGUCUCUGGAUAACAUAGUUCUUGGUGAUGUCAUUGUGGCGUCUUACCUGAAAAACCCCUUGAGGAUCUCUUAUGACUUGGUUGCAAGGCUCAAAGAGGAGCUAGAAGGUUAUCUGGUUGAACGUCAGGUACGCAACGUCACCCUGAUGGUCUGGGCCAACAGACACCUGCAUCUCAUUGCUCAGAAACUGUAUCUGAGCAACGAGGAGGAUGUCCAUCAAAUGCACAGCCUUCUAGCAGAGUACUUCCUGGGGGCAUGGUCAGGAGGCAGGAAGAAGAUCUUUACUUAUGAUAACAACCAUUUCACUUCACUGAAUAUAUCUCAUCACAAAAACCCCCACCAUCAGCAGUCUCAUGAGAAAACAUCUUCUGACAAGUACUCCUAUGACAGGCAAACUCCCGAGCAGCCUUGGGUGUUCCAGUGCAACCUUUUGGAGCCUGACAUUUUCUUUGUCAACCACAGGAAGAUGACGGAACUGGUGUACCACCUGACCAGGAGUGGACGCACUGAUGAUCUCAUGUUUGGAGUCAUCAUGAAUUUCAGCUGGCUGUACACAAUGAUUAAGAUUGGCCAGUUUGAAAAGGCUUUAACAGACAUUGACCUAGCUUACAGCUACACCCAAGAAAAAGAGCUAAAGUUCCUGGCCACCACUCUUCGUAGUAUCAAGGUAAAAGUGUUGAAGAACCCAGCAUCACUCUCUGCAGAACUACAGCAAAGGCUUCUGCCAGUUGUCACCUCCCUACCCAAGCUCAGACAUCUCCUCCUGGAGUGUGACAAAGAUGGCCCAAAGUACUGCUCCAUUGUGCCUCUCCACUCCUCUAUGGAUGUCACUUACAGUCCAGAGAGGCUUCCUCUGUGCUCAAGCUACAUGCAGAUUGUGGAGAUCUUGCCCACUCUAGCCCCAAACAUAGUUCUCGUGGCCCUUGAAGAUGGGUCUGUCAGCACCUGGGAUGUAGAGAGCAGACAACUUCUACGACAGAUUGACACAGCCAGAUCUGUUGUACUGGGAAUCAGGCUAACCACUGAUGAGAAGUAUCUGGUUGUGGCCACCACCAAAAACACGCUGCUUAUCUAUGAUAAUCACAAGUCCUGCCUUUUAUCUGAGGUUGAAAUCAAGGGGUCCAAGCAUAGUGGUGUGACUGGUGGGGUGGCCUUCAUCAACGGUUUUACUUUGUCAACCCAUCAUGCUUUGGCUUGGCUUGAGGCCAGUAAAGAUGUCAACGUCAUCGACCUACUCUACGGCUGGCCUCUCUACCAGUUCCAUUGCUGGUAUGAAGUGACUUGUGUCCAGUGCUCUCCAGAUGGGAUGUAUGCCUUCUGUGGCCAGUACCUCAACACUGCAUCAGUAUUUCAUCUGGGAAAUGGUGACAAGUUGGCCACUGUGACCUCUGAGUUUUCUGGGGGGUUCGUCAAGUCCAUCCUUGUUCUAGACACCCUUAACCAAAUGGUGAUGAUUGACAAUGAAGGCAGUCUGUCAGUGUGGAACACCAAAGAGAUCACCAACCCAAAGCUGAUGGAGGAUUAUGAUUGCAGAGGGGAUGAUAGUGAAGUAGUGGGCAUUGAGUUGUCUGAAGACCAGCGCUCUAUUCUCAUUUGCAAGGCCAGAAGUAUCGAGGUUCUGGACACAAAAGUAUGGAAAAUGGUAGAGAAGUUCAAAGCCAAACGUACGGAGCGCUUCGUGGCUGCUGUUCUAUCCAAAAAUGGACAAAGCAUUGUGGCCUCCAUGGAGAACACCUCCUCUAUCUUUGUCUGGAGGAGGGACAGUGGACAGUGCAUGGCUAGCCUGAUUGAAAUCUCAGGGGCUAUCGUCAAACUCAUUAAAUCAGUCCACCACAAUCUACUCCUUUCUGUUGCCAGCAGUGGAGUGCUGUCUGUUUGGGAUAUUGAUAUUAUCACAGCCAUGUCCAAUAUUGACAAAACAGGAAAGAAGAUCCAGACCUUGCAGCUGUCUGGCAGAGAGGAUUAUGUGUUUACCAUGGAUGGUUCAGAAGCUGUUCACAAGUGGAACUUCAGCACUGGAUUUAUCGAGACAGUCUUCAAGCAUGAGGGCAUGGUGGAGAAUUGUGUCCUAACCUCUUCAGGGGAUCUCAUGGUUACUUCAGAUGACAAGUCCAGUCAGUACAUCUGGCAAACUAACACUGGAGAAAACAUCUUCCGCAUCAAUGGACAGAGAAUCUCCCAGCUGCUAAUCACCCACAAUGACCAGUUUGUGGUAUCCCUCUGUGAGCAGAAUGCUUCUAGAGUCUGGAGACUCGCAACUGGUCACAAAGUGUGUAACAUUUUGGUCACCCUCCAGAGUGCACUCAUUACCACUGCAAACACUUUUAUUGUGGGAACCUCGAAAAACAAGCUCCUGGCUGUUAGCCUGUGGUCAGGCAGUGUCUCCAAGAAGUUUGUCUGUGAUGAUGGCAUUACCAUUGUCAACUUCAAGCUCAUUCCUGACUGUCCUGACUGUGUGGUGUUCAUCACAUCCACAGAGACUGUUAUCAUCUGGAGUGUGGCAGAUGAGUCGGUUUGCAGACGUGUCCAGUUGCCAACCAACUUCCUCAAAAAUCUAGAGGACUUCCAGAUCUCACCCAAUGGGAAACUAGGAAUUGUCUCCAAAGGUGAUGAGAAUAUUAAUGUCCUGGACCUUCACAGUGGGAAGCUGAGGCUUGUCCAUGCUGCUGGUAUAAUCUGGCGCCAAAAAUUAUCAAGAGAUGGACGUUACCUUGUAUAUGUCUGUUUCCGUAACUGCGAUGAGGACGACGAUGCCGGUGUUGUAUCUAAUCUGAUCGUGAUGCGCCUUGCUGAUGGUAAGAGCAUUGGCACAUGCUCCCUGUACAAGACCCCCACCUUCUUGUCUCUCUCUCAGCGAGCUCUAAACAUCAUAAUUGGCUUUGAGGACGGUAGUAUUGGCACGUACACAGUGGUGGACCGUGUAGAUGCUGCCCUCAAGAUAAAGAUAGCCACUUCAAACAGCCGACAGAUUGUCAACAAUGCCUCGCAGAAGGUGCGGCCCAAAUGUGGUAACCAUUCCUUUAAGACCGUUGCAGACUGCACUUGGAGGGAGUCAACAGAGGUCUUCUCCAGGGACAGCCCCAUCAAUGUGUCUGACUCCGGUGAAGGUGAGUCAACCACGCCUACAAAAAAGACUGAGCUGCUGCAGUGA